ACAGGGCUGAUAGGUCAUAUUAUAUGGGUUAAUAUGCAAACAAAAUAUGACAUGGGUAUAUUCACUGGAUAACUCAGUAUAUUAUGUGAUGAAAUGAAACAUCCACUACUUUUAAAUGAAAAAAAAUCGGCAAAAAAUAACAAUGUUCAAUUUAGAAAGUCUUUACAAUGUAUGUUCCUGGUCUUAUUUUUUCUGUACUAUAUUGUCAAUUAUAGUUUAAAAAGAACAGUACAGGAAUGUACUUUCAUAUGCUUGGUGUGACUUGCGCUUUAUACAGAUGGCGUGAAUUACAUUAGCUACGUAUACUUAUACAGAUUAUCGCUUCUUAAGCAAUAUUGUAUAUUGUUAGCAUUUUUUUUAAUUGACGGUAUCGAACGCUCCGAAGCUGCACUUGAAAGUGUCGUUUGAAAUGAAAAUUAACGCCUCUCGUGUUGCCAUGCCAUGAUCGAUUACCAUAUUUGUUUCAGAUAUUGAACAUCUUUUUUUGCAAUAAUUAAGAAUCGUAAUGAUAAAUAUCAACUUGUGUGUGAUCAUGGUCACAUCCAUCCUCGAUUUCCAGGGGUUACGAUCACCUACGCUCUCUAGAGAGCGAAAGUGAGCGUAACCCCUGGAUGUCGAGGAUGGGUCAACCCCUGGAUAUCGAGGAUGGGUCAACCCCUGGAUGUCGAGUAUGGGUCAACCCCUGGAUGUCGAGGAUGGGUCAACCCCAGGAUAUCGAGGAUGGGUCAACCCCUGGAUAUCGAGUAUGGGUCAACCCCUGGAUGUCGAGGAUGGGUCAACCCCUGGAUGUCGAGUAUGGGUCAACCCCUGGGUGUCGAGGAGGGGUCAAUCCCUGGAUAUCGAGGAUAGGUCAACCCCUGGAUGUCGAGUAUGGGUCAACCCCUGGAUGUCGGGGAUGGGUCAACCCCUUGAUAUCGAGGAUAGGUCAACCCCUGGAUGUCGAGGACGGGUCAACCCCUGUAUAUCGAGGAUGGGUCAACCCCCGGAUGUCGAGGAUGGGACAACCCCUGUAUAUCGAAGAUGGGUCAACCCCUGGAUAUAGAGUAUGGGUCAACCCCUGGAUGUCAAGGAUGGGUCAACCCCUGGAUAUCAAGGAUGGGUCAACCCCUGGAUGUCUGGGAUGGGUCAACCCCUGGAUAUCGAGGAUGGGUCAACCCCUGGAUGUCGAGGAUGGGUCAACCCCUGUAUAUCGAAGAUGGGUCAACCCCUGGAUAUCGAGGAUAGGUCAACCCCUGGAUGUCGAGGAUGGGUCAACCCCUGGAUGUCGAGGAUGGGUCAACCCCUGUAUAUCGAAGAUGGGUCAACCCCUGGAUAUCGAGGAUGGGUCAACCCCUGGAUAUCGAGGAUGGGUCACCUCAAAACAAAGGAUCACGAACUGACGCUCAAUAAUGGAAACGUCCAUUGCAACAUGCAUUAUUUACAUAUCUUUGUUUUGUUUGUGUAUAAUAUUAUCAGUGAAAUAAGACAUCAUAACUUUAUGUCUUGUGCCACUUACACCAACUUUUGUAUCUGCCAAAGUACUACUACAAUAAAACCGCAACUUUCAAAAUCAAGCGCGGAUUUCUCAAUAGAAAUCUUCCGCUCUGAAUACAUUCUUUAAGAAUGAAAGGUUGGCGAUUUUGCUUUAAUGAAAGUGAACUGUUUGAUAUCAUAUUUUCACAGUACUAGUUCCAAAGUCUAACAAUAUCGCUAAACAUCAUAAGUUAAAUGAUAUAUAAUAUACGUAAUACAAAGUCAGGAAAUAAAAGCCACUCACCAACACUAAGUUUGUUUCACAACCUAAUGAAACCUUACAAAGCUGUGGUACCCUCACAGCGCAAAUAAAAAUUAAAUACAACAUGGAUCAAAACCAAA